UUUUUUGUCUUUAUUUUUGAAAUGGAUUCUGAUGAUUAUGAUGAUAUUGAUUAUGAAGAUCCUGCUGAAGACUUUGAAGACGAUUGGGAUAAUAAUGAUAUGAUGGAUGGGGCGAAUGUUGAUUUACUUGACGAAAUUGAGAAUGUUGCCCCAAUAUUAAAAAAGAAGCAAAAGUCGAAAAAGAAAAUAAGUGAACCAGUAAAAACUGACGAAAAAGAAGAAAAAAAAUCUAAAAAGAAAAAGAAACAAUCAAAAUUUGCAAAAGUAGCAAAGAUUCUCAAGGCAAAAGGAUUGCUUCAAAAAAACAAAAAUAAUUUUAUGGAUUAUGUGACAUUUGAAUUAAAUAUUCCUGUUGGCAUGACUGGGAUAGUUACAAAAGAAUUGAGCUGUGGAUUCUUUGAUUGGUUAGUUUAUUUUUUUUUACUUUAUUUAAAAUUUUAGGACAUUUUCUUUCUUUUUCAAUGACGAAAACAAUUCUUCAAAUUUCUUUAAAAUUGAUGAGAAUCAUCCAA